CUAUUCAAUGUGAAGGUCUUAAGGUUGCCGAAUGGUGACUCUGUUAACUGAGCAAAGUUCGUAGGAAAAUUGUUGAAUUAAAAAUUUAAGCUUGUCUCAACUAUUAAGAAGAAUUACCAUACACUAUGACAAAACCAACUAUUAAUCCUGAUCUAGAAGUAGAGAGGCGUAAUGCUUCUUUUAACGUUUCAAAGAUGACAGAAUUUCUCCACGGAGGGGUUCAACAAUUAAAACGCGUAAAGCAAAUAAAAAAGCAACUUUUAGGUGAAAAGAUAUUUGGUAUUACUAGUAAUGGAAAAUCAGCUGAAGAGAUUUAUGAUUUAUCCGUAAAGAAGAAUGUUAUCCUUUUUGAAUUGGUUGCAAAAUAUAAUUGGAAUAUUGAUGAUUUAACAAUAGCACAUGAACUUUUAACAACUGGAUUACCGCUAUCGUUGCAGAUUAUGAUGUUCAUACCAACUCUUGAGAGGUUGUGUACUGAUGAGCAAAAACAGAAAUGGUUGCCUCUGGCAAAAUCUUAUAAAUUAUUGGGAACUUAUGCCCAAACUGAAUUGGGACAUGGUACUAACAUAAGAGACUUGAAGACAAGAGCUGAUUUUGACCAGGAAAAUAAUCAAUUUGUUUUAAAUAAUCCUUUUCCAGAUGGAAUAAAAUGGUGGCCAGGAGGAUUGGGAAAAACUAUGAACUGCGCUAUCGUUCUUGCCAGUUUGUAUGUAGACAAUCAGUACAAGGGCCUUGAAGCUUUCCUGGUUCCGAUUCGUGAUAUGGAAACCCAUGAGCCUCUUCUCGGAGUUCAAGUUGGAGAUAUUGGACCUAAAAUGGGUCUUCUUGGCUCUGAUAAUGGAUAUCUAAUUCUGAAAAAUGUCCGAAUACCUCGAACAAAUAUGCUUAUGAAAUAUUCAGAAGUGGAUAGAAACGGUAGAUAUAUUCAACACGGAGAUCCUAAAGCUAAUUACGGAGCUAUGACCUUAUUAAGGUCAGGUUUUGUGAGAAUUUCAGCCCUCGGUCUUCAGGCCGCAGCAACAAUAUCUGGACGAUAUUCUUGCGUCCGAAGACAAGGUCACUUAGAUUCAAAGGGAGAAGAGGUUAAAGUGAUGGAUUACGUUACUCAACAGUAUAAGAUAACUGGCAAUAUAGUAAAUGCUUAUGCCCUGACUUUAAUAUCAAUGUCAACUGCUGACUAUUAUCACAAAGUCUUCCAAGAGAUAUCUGUCGACAAUUGGACAAAUUUACUCGAAUUACAUACAAUUACAUGUGGACUGAAGGCUUUCUGUUCCGAAAUUUCUUCGGAUGGUAUUGAAGUUUCUAGACGAGCUUGUGGCGGUCACGGAUACCUAGCAUCAUCGGGCCUUUCUAACUUGUAUGUCGACCAUUUGCCUGUAGUAACAGUCGAAGGAGAAAAUACUAUAUUGUACCUUCAGGUUGCUAGAUAUAUUUUGAAGAAAGUAUCCUCAUUCGCUCUUAAAGGGGAAGGUCUUCCUCCCUCACUUCAAUACGUUAGCGAACCUACAAAUGGACCAAUUUCGAUAGAGACUUUAACAGGAUUAUGUAAAAUUUUACAAAUAAGAUCUUCCUUUCAAGCCAAACGGGUUGCCGAAAAAUUUCAAAACCUUCUAAUGUCGGGCGAAAAUCAAGGAAUUGCUUGGAAUAAAUGCUCGCAAGAGCUAGUGAAUGCCGCAAAAGCACAUGUUGAAUGUAUCGGAGCCGAUAUGUUUAUGAGAGCAUUUCAAAAAUCCUCUACUAUUUAUCCCGAUUUGGUACCGAUGCUGGAGAAAUUACUAAAAGUCUACUUCUAUCAGAGAAUACUAGAGGGAGCUAUAGAUUAUGUAGAAAGCGGAGCAGUUACGAUUAAGAAUUUGGACGUUAUCAGAGAACGGCACUGUGAAUACUUAACAUCACUUAGAAAAGAUGUCAUUCCAUUGGUAGAUGCAUUUGAUAUGGAAGAUGAACAAUUAAAGUCGGCAAUCGGUUGUUAUGAUGGCUGGGCUUAUGAUAGAUUAUACAACGAAGCUCAAAUAUCUCCAUUAAAUAAACUUCAGGUUCAACCUGCUUUCCAGAAAUAUAUUAAACCACUUCAAAUCAAAUCGAAAUUAUAA